CUUCCAUAACUGUGCACUGAAAAGAAUGUCGCUCUCUUCCUCCACCUCCAUAGACAGCAGCAGCAAACACCAGCCUCCUCCUCCUCCGCCUUCCCUCUCCUCCUCCGCCGCCUCCUCUUCCUCCUCCGCUUCUCAUCGUGAAUGUCCGACUAGACGAGAUUUGAGCACCGAUCUCCGCCUCGGUCUCAGCAUUUCGCCUUCCCACAACGACCUCUCUUCCACUUUGACUCAAUGGGAGCAAAAGUUAGACUGGCCGCCGAUCAAGCCACAGCUAUGGAGCACACUGGCGUCUAAAUCAGAGAGUCGCCGCCGUGCUUCGUUAUUCGUCAAAGUUUACAUGGAAGGAAUUCCGAUCGGAAGAAAAUUAGAUCUGUUCGCUCACGACGAUUACAAUGCUCUGAUUUCAACUCUUGGCGACAUGUUUAAAGCCACUAUUCUCCGGCCUGGUGAGGCGGUUCACUAUCAUUCUGAGAAGAAUCAUCAUCAUGUACUAACUUACGAAGACAAAGAAGGAGACUGGAUGAUGGUUGGAGAUGUACCUUGGGAGAUGUUCCUGAACACGGUGAAGAGGCUGAAGAUUACAAGAGCAGAUAGAUGCUAAUUAAGAAACCUUGGUUCAUAUUUUUUAUCCCCCUGAAUACAGUUUUGUUUAUUAUAUAGAUAUGGAUGUACAGUGUAUACAAUUCAAGAGAUAAAUAUUUUCUCUUUUUUUUUUUUUCUUUUUAAUUUCUGAAUUAUUUGUGGGUUUUUUAAGAGAAAAUAAAUUAGAUGAGUGAAAACCAACGAGGGGUUGGAUUAAAUAGUAAGCGGCUUGUUCCAGCUUAAGCAAGAUCUCGAGUUCGAGUCCUUGUGUAUGCAGCAGCCCCCGCUGGGAGACUCACCCACCAUUUUUAGGUGCGCGACGCGGGUCGGGUCCGAAUUAGUCGAGGCGAAGCCUCGGAUACCGGGCGAGAAACCAAAAAAAUUAGAUGAGUGAACGUAAAGAAAACAGAGGAAGGUAAUGGGAUAUGGUUGUGGGGUUUUAUGAAGCGUGGGAUUGUCAUGUCAGGAGAGGAUUGUAGAUCUAAUCUUUAUGAUGACAUGCAACAUUUAGGUAUGACUUGAUGAUGAAGACAAUUAACGUUUUGUGCACGA